CCCAAACGAAGCGAGAGAGAGAGAGAGAGAGAAGAGAGAGAGGGAGAAGAGAGAGAGAGAGAGAGAGAAGGAAACGAACGGGAAUAAAGGAAGCAUUGGAGCCACGCAUUUGGAAUUGCAGAGAAGUAGUAGGAAGAACGCCAAGGAUUCAUGGCUAAAGAGAUGGAGAUUGAAACUUCCUGUGCCCUAUGUUCUCCAUUGACGAAUGACGAUCCUCGUCGUCGUUGAAUCGAUUAAUCCUACGGAAGAGCUGGUUCUUUCUUCCUUCUUCUAUCCCUCUUCUUUUUGAUGGAUACCUUCCUGUCUCGCCCCCUUUCUGUAAAAGGGUUACCUUUUUUUGUAAAGAAUAGUUUCGUUGUGUUCUUCUCGUUGUCGAUUUUUUUAAUGAUCUUUCCCUGAAGAUUUUGUUUUUAUUCGAUCUUAUCCGUUUUGCAAUCAAAAUUUUGUUUAAUCCAGCUACUUGUAGGUAUAGGUAGAUAUACUCGUCUUUAUUGCUUUCCUUAUUGUUGUUGCUCCUUGUUUCCUUCUUAUUUCCAUUUACAAUUCCUCAAGAUUGCCUUUUUGCCCCUUCCCCUUUCGUCUUGAAUCGGUUUCUCGUCUUGGGGAGCAGAGGGAGAAGUUUGACGGUGAGGGUAUUGGAUUGCUCAGAUAGAAGAGGUCAAAAAGUGGUGUUUUAAUCUGGGGCUCGACGGAUCCGCCUACUCGAUUCGUUUGGUUCAGCUGUCUGGCUGCUCUGGAGUGCAUAUUGGAAGUGAUCAGGGCCCUGCCGAUGGGGUCCUGCUUGUCGGCCGAUGGGCAGAGAGGUGGCUCAAGCCCGUCGUCCCCGGCUUCGGGGACCAGGCGACAACGGGGUCGCCUCAGGAGGUUGACACGGACAUCGCUAGAGGAGGACGACGAGCUCUGCAGGAUCCCCGGGAGGAAGUUUCGAAAUGGCUCCACCAACACCGCCUCGCUAUUCACCCAGCAGGGCAAGAAGGGGACUAACCAGGAUGCCAUGAUCGUUUGGGAGAAUUUUGGUGAUAGGAGUGAUACAGUCUUUUGUGGAGUUUUUGAUGGCCAUGGUCCUAAUGGCCACACGGUGGCAAGGAAAGUAAGAGAUAUUCUCCCUUUGAAUCUACGUGCCAGUUGGGAGCUAAUCGUAGGAAAUGAUGAAUCCAAACAGAACCAUACCGACACCAUGAAUUCAAAUGUAAUUCCAUCUCCAAUCCCCAUGGAUGAAUCCAUAGCUUCUACUGGAUUUGACGAGAAGGAUAGACGUUCAAAAUUCUCAAAAACAAUGAAAGACUCAUUCCUGAAGGCUUUCAGAAUAGUGGAUAAGGAACUGAGAUUGCAUCCGGAGAUUGAUUGCUUCUAUAGUGGGACAACAGCAGUCACUCUGGUUAAGCAGGCUCAAGAUCUUGUCAUUGGAAAUGUUGGAGACUCAAGAGCAGUUUUGGGCACUAGAGAUGAAAAUAACUCCUUGAUUGCCGUCCAACUGACUUUGGAUCUAAAACCAAGUCUUCCUAGGGAAGCUGAAAGAAUUAGGCGUUGUAGAGGCCGUAUCUUUGCUUUGAGGGAUGAACCAGAGGUGGUUCGGGUAUGGCUGCCCAAUAUCGAUUCUCCAGGCUUGGCUAUGGCACGGGCAUUUGGAGAUUUCUGUUUAAAGGAUUUCGGUUUAAUAUCUGUGCCUGAAGUUUCUUACAGACGCAUUACUGAAAAAGAUGAGUUUAUCGUGUUGGCCUCGGAUGGGGUUUGGGAUGUUCUAUCCAACAAAGAGGCAAUACACAUAGUUGCAUCUGCUCCUACAAGGGCCUCCGCCGCUCGGUAUCUCAUUGAGUCAGCUGUACAAGCCUGGAAGUCCAAGUAUCCAACUUCAAAAAUUGAUGAUUGUGCUGCGGUUUGCCUCUUCCUUAAUACUGACACAUCCAACAACUCCACUCUCAGAGGUAGCGAAGCUGACGGGACACUGCAUGAAGUCGAGGUUGUCGGUCAUAAACAGGUCUAUCACAGGGCAGAAACAACCGACAAGUGUGGCAACCAUCAAGCAUCAUCUUUAAUGACUCUCCACAGUUGGAUGAAGAGCAGCCCGACUCUAUUAGAAUGCCCAGGUCUUUCUCUCUCUCUCUCGUUCGUUCUGAAAUAGUUAAAUAUUAGUGUGUAGGAUUGCAUUCUUUGCGCAAUUUCGGUUGCGGUUCGGUCACUGUGAGUUGUAAGUCUAGUGCCAUGUCCUAGUUGUAUUGGGGACUCGAUGCCUCACUGUUCGCUAUCCUGUAUUCUACCUUACCAUGCGAGGAAGCACUUCGUCUAUAUCUAUUCAAGAACUGUAAGCUGUGUGAAGGAGCUAUGCCAUAUACAAAAGCAGUAAAAUGUACUGAAUUUCCAACCGGUUCAACCGGAACCAGCCGAACAGUUCAACCUCCGGUCAGAUACACAAAACACUGAUCGACAUCUAUCAGAUUGUGGAUGGAUGAGAUUGUCACCUUGGAUGUGUGGACUGUGACUCAACAUUUAUUGGCAUCACAUGCUCAAACUUUCCACCUUGUGGAGCUUAUCCUUCUGCUUGCAUUUGCAUGUUUGUGGACCUACAAGUGAAUUGAAUCUAUUUUAAAUAGAAAAAAAAAAGAAAAGAAAAGAAAAGAAAGGUGUAAAAUACAAACGGGUUCAUGAUUUGGGGACAGUGUAGAUGAAUUUACUGUUCAUGUUGCAGUUCUUGAAUGGAUAUCUGUAUAUAAACAAUUCCUGCCAACUUUAUUUGAUUUGAAUAUCUAUGCUAUUAUUAGAUUGUAAAAUA